UGGGUGGGGUUCGAUACUGAUAGAGAUGGGAUUCGGAAGCGUGGAACCCUCGUCGGUAAUGUACGAUUUCCUGGAAAAAUCCGGCGGUUGUGCCGUUAUUGAUGGUGGCCUUGCAACGGAGCUCGAACGACAUGGCGCUGACCUCAACGAUCCUCUCUGGAGCGCUAAAUGCCUCUUAAGUUCCCCUGAACUCAUCCGAAGGGUACACCUAGAUUACCUUGAAGCUGGUGCAGAUAUUAUAAUCACAGCCUCUUACCAGGCUACCAUUCAGGGCUUUGAGACUAAAGGCUUGUCAACGGAAGCAAGUGAAGCUUUGCUACAGAGGAGUGUCAAAAUUGCGCUGGAUGCACGCAAUAUCUAUUAUGAGAGAUGUAAAGAUUGUAUAACUAAUGAUGCUGGAAAUGAAAAAAUUUUUAAAACACGUCCGAUCUUAGUUGCAGCAUCUGUAGGAAGCUAUGGUGCUUAUUUAGCUGAUGGAUCUGAGUACAGUGGGGAAUAUGGAGAUGCAGUUAACAUAGAAACUUUGAAAGAUUUUCACAGGAGAAGAGUUCAGGUUUUGGCUGGUUCAGGUGCUGAUCUAAUUGCAUUUGAAACAACUCCGAAUAAGCUAGAAGCUCAGGCUUAUGCUCAGCUUCUUGAGGAAGAAGACAUUAAUAUUCCUGCAUGGUUUUCUUUUAAUUCCAAAGAUGGUGUCAAUGUGGUUAGUGGAGAUUCUUGGCAUGACUGUGUCUCAAUUGCUGAUUCAUGUGAGAAAGUUGUUGCUGUUGGAAUCAACUGUACCCCUCCUCGAUUUAUUCACGGACUCGUUUUAUCUGCCAAAAAGGUAACAACUAAACCAAUACUUAUUUAUCCAAACAGUGGUGAGACAUAUGAUGCUGAUCGUAAGGAUUGGGUGGCAUCCACUGGGGUUUCAAAUGAAGAUUUCAUCUCAUACGUUAGUAAGUGGCAUGAGAUUGGGGCUUCGCUCAUUGGAGGCUGCUGCAGGACAACUCCAAAUACCAUCAGAGGCAUAGCUAGAGCUCUCAACAAGGGAUCUGCAUUCAAAGCUUAAUCUUACCAGAUGUGGGGGCAAAGGGACCUGAAGAAAGA